AUGUCGGUCAUUCUAUGUACAGCGGGAUAUGACCACACGAUCCGCUUCUGGGAAGCCCUAAGUGGUAUUUGCUCCCGCACCAUUCCCCACCCCGACUCGCAAGUAAACCGCCUCUGCAUCUCCCCCGAUAAACGCUACCUCGCUGCCGCUGGCCACCAUACGGUCAAGCUCUACGACAUCAAGUCGACCAACCCCAACGCCAUCCUCACCUUCGAAGGUCACACAUCCAACAUCACCGGUGUCGCCUUCCACUGCGAGUCCAAAUGGCUUGUGACGUCGUCCGAGGACGGCACUGUCAAGAUCUGGGACACGAGAAGUGGCAACGUGCAGCGCAACUAUACGCAUGGCGUGCCUGUGAACGACGUCGUCAUCCAUCCGAAUCAGGGCGAGCUGGUGAGUUGUGACCGCGGAGGAAAUGUGCGGAUCUGGGAUCUGGGAGAGAACAAGUGUAGCCAUCAGUUAAUUCCCGAGGACGACGUCAGUGUGGCAAGUGUAACCGUUGCGAGCGACGGAAGUAUGGUGUGCGCUGGGAACAACGCUGGCAACGUCUACGUAUGGCGCAUGAUCCAACGCAGCGACACGACCUCCAUCCUGCCCAUCUGCAAGUUCCUCGCCCACGGCACUUACAUAACCCGCGUCCUGCUCUCUCCCGACGUCCGCCACCUCGCCACCUGCUCCGCCGACCACACAGCGCGCAUCUGGUCCGUUGAUACCAGCGCGCCCCACAACAUCACACAGGCUGAUAACUUGCCUCCGGCCUCCGAGCGCGAUCCUGCUGCAUUCCCGCUCGAGACGACGCUGCAUGGACACCAGCGCUGGGUCUGGGACUGCGCGUUCAGUGCCGACUCGGCCUAUCUCGUCACGGCGUGUAGUGAUCACUAUGCGAGGCUGUGGGAGCUGGGCAGCCAGAGUAUUAUUCGACAGUACAACGGUCAUCAUCGGGGCGCCGUGUGUGUCGCGCUGAAUGAUACUGCGGUGGGUAACUGA